GAGAAUAUGACAAAAAAGGAAAGAGUGAGAAAGACAAUCAGGAAAGCGCAGAUUGUAUUCGCGUGAAACACAAAUCGAAUACAACGCACUGCAUCAGCAAGACAAUAAACACGUGUUUUACGACAUCAAAACAUAUAGAUUAUAAUACACGGAUUAUACAAAUGAUAUCAUACUGUUUAUAAAAUAUCAGAUAUUUAAUUGCUUGGCAAUAAAAAUAACGUUUUGGAUUUGCGUUUCAUCGUUGGCAAACAGAUAAAACAUUAAGUAUAUCAAUGUAGAUUUGGAACAGAAUGUGAGAGUAAGCAAUCAAUUGGAUUGAUAUUCUAUCAUUCUAUCAUCGCAAUGGACACAUAUGAUGUUGCAGAGAAACCAGAACCAUCAAUGAGUGCAAAGGCCACACGUUGGUGUGUCGAAAAGCGAUAUUUGUUCAUUGGAAUCGUCAGUGUAUUAUUUAUUCUUCUCAUCAUUGUUGCUGCUGUUACUUUACCAUUGCUUUUAUUCCAGGAAAACGAAAACAAGGAUUCAAUAUUGCUUCUUCAAAGUCCUGCACGAGUUCAAAAAUCAGAUGUCAAAAUUCCUAACGAAGUAAAUGACAGUGCUGUUCCAAAUUAUGCUCAUAACGCACCAAUAACAUUUUCAUAUUUAAACGGUAACGUAACAUUGAAUACCACCGUUUACGACCUAAAAAUUCUGUAUAAUAGUCAACCAAUAAUUACUCCAUCUCCAUCAAAGCCUAUUUCAACAACAUCAAUAAGUUUUGAAAAUCCAUCAAUACGAGGAAGAUUGUCUAAUGAGUCUAACCCAGAUGAAAAGAUGGCUACAAUAUCUGAAAACAAAACAAAAACAUCUACUUCAGCUUACAAAUUGACAAAGCUCAUUGUCGGAAAAGUUUCGCAAGAUAGUACGACUAUAAAUGUUGAACUGGGGUCAGGUUUUAUGUCGAUGCCCACCACCGAGUCAGAGACCAAGUUACCAACAACCUCACUGAUCACAACUCCAACUAAAAAUGAAAACGUACUGAGCACCGCAAAUACCAAUUCGAUGGAAAAUGAAUUAUUAAAUACAACAGAAUCGGACACACCUGAGAUGGUAACACCAAUUUUGAAUCAAACUACACUCUCCCUCCCCAAAUCUGAAGAAGACCAAACAAAAUUCGUGUCAACGUCUACUACCGAGUCAGAUAUCAUGUUAACAAAACCGCAUCAGACAACUGAUAUUACAGAGGAAAAAGUUUUAGACACUACUGAGAGCGAUCUGGAACAAACAACUGACUAUAUAUACGGCACAUGGAUGACAACUUUAGCAUUUGAACAAGAAGAAUCAACAAAACAAAUUGACCUAUCAGCCACGAGCACUACAGUUUAUACAAAUAAACCGGGUGAAGAUGACAAAAUCACAGAUGAAGCACAGAGAACUUCGGACUCUAAUGUGUCGAAUGAAACAACAAAAGAUGCUUCAAUGAUUCCUACGACUACACAGAGCGAUUAUUUUGUUGUAGAAUCUUCCGAAACCAGAAGUUCAAAAAAUAUUCAUACAACCAACGACAUACCUUAUUCAACUAAACCCACUUAUCCUUACCUAACAACACCCUCACCCAUGACUUCGAGACACUCACAAAACACCCUCUCAUCAGUUACAGACGGGACUAUUUCGCCGUAUGUAGGUGAUAUCAUAAAACAAAUGGAUAAAACAACAGAAAACUCGUCGUCCCUGCCAACGACUACGACAAGGGCCGAUGAUUUUACAACUACACGUAGUAUUACAAAAACUAUAGAUUUGCGGUAUGGUCCAUACAGUAUUACAGAUAACAUACCUACAACAAACCCGACUGAUUCAGCUAAACCUACUAAUCCAUAUCUUGAAACAACACCCUUACCUAUGGCUUCAAGACACUUGCAAAACACCCUCGUCUCAGCUACAGAUGUGAAUAUUGUAAACACUUCGCUGCAUGUAAAUGAUAUCAGGAAACAAAUGAAUAAAACAACAGAAAAUUCGUCGCUCCUGCCAACGACUACGACAAGCGGUGGUGAUUUUACAACUACUCGCAUGGUUACCAAACCUGUAGAUUUGCAGUAUGGUUCAUAUAACAUUCCAGAUAUCAUACAUACAACAAUGCAGACUGAUUAUAAUUCUGAAACGAAGCUAUCUGUUAAGUUGAAUGUAACGGAGACCCCUCGUGCAACGGCAGUAACUGGAACUGACAAACCGCUAAGCAUUUUUCCAUAUAUAGAAAACUAUUUACGAAAUCAAACAGUCGAACAAGCUACCGCCAUUACUUCGUCUACAACAGCAAGUGGAAAUUUCACAACCACCGAUACAACAACACAACAGAUAAACGUCGUUAGUUUGUUUAAAAAAUUAAUAAAGACUCCUACUACAACAAGCGAAUGGUUAAGUAUGACACCAAUUCCAAACGACGCCAGAACGUCAUUUUCGAUGGAAUAUUCCCAGCUGACACAACACGAUACUAAGCUACAAAAUGUUACAUCAACAGCUACUGAUGACGCAGACGAUACCCCUAUUUCUACAUCUGUGCCUCUCACCAUAACGCAACCGAUUGAGACAAUAGCCAACUUUUCAACAGCUUCAAAUUUGAGUCCAUUCCGUUACCCAUUAGGUCGAACCGAAAAUUUGACCACUUUUGUUGAUGGUACCACCUCCACUAAUACUGCUUAUGAAGAAAGCCAAGACGUGACCAGAAAUAUGGAAUACAAUAUUACGACGACUGAAAAAUCUACAACACUCGUUGCUUCCCCUGCAACGGAACAGUCAAUAAAUAACUUGGUAGUUGCAACCACUGCGACAACUAACAAACAGCGUGACAAUAUGUCACCAACAUCAAACCUUACUUAUGCGGGAGGAUUUACAGGCAACACAAGCACCUCCGAUCCUAAGAAACAAACGCAUAUAGAUUCUGACCACUCUGAAAAUACGCAGAUAUUGACUACUGCCAUCAGUUCAACAAACGCAUCAAAAUUAAUUGGGUCAGUAACGGAUAAUGCUACAAGUUUUCGCGAUCGUCCAACAACGUCGACGGCCAAAUAUUUGACAACACCACAAAACUACUGUGCAUUUCGAUACAACGGAAAUUGUUUCUGGCUUGUGCAAAAAGCAUUGACUUACUUUGCGGGGAGAAAAUUGUGUCUCUCUCGGGAUGGAGCUCCAGCGAAUAUAUAUACUCGACAACAUUAUCUGAUUGCUGCGAAUUAUAUUCGUGGAGUAAUAUCAAAUACAUUUUACAGCAAUAUCUGGUUGGGGAUGCAAAUAGAUUUGAAGACAAAACGAAUUAUCUAUAUGAAUUCUAAUCAAAAAACAUACGCUAAUUGGUUUCCCGGACAACCGAGUUCAGCAACUAAGUGGAGAAGACUUUAUAUUCAUGUCCUGAAAAAUAAAACAUCGAAUGUACAAGGAAUGGUCGUCUACAGCCCUAAAAGCAUUUUGACUGGAGUACUAUGUCAGAAAAAAAUUCCAACGACAGCAAGUACAACACCUAUGACGAGAACAAGUACAACAACUAUGACGACACAAAGAACCAAAACUGAACCAACAUCUAUGUAUGCAAAACUGACUUCAGUUUCGAAACGAACAAGAUCUCCACGGGCCAAGCCCAAAAGGGUCAAAAUAGAGACAACAACAACAAAACCAGUAUUGACGCCGGUAAUUCCAACCGCUAAGGUUGAAAAUCAGAAAAGACUUGUACAGAGACGGGAUGAAAUUCAACCCACAAAUGCAACCAAAUUAGAACCGACGACACCACCGAAACCAAAUUUAUGUCAGUUAGAGUUCAAUGGAAUUUGUUACUGGUUAAUUGUGAAUGACGUAAGCUAUGAUGACGGGGAAAGGCAGUGCAAAAAAUACUUUGGAUCUGCCGCCAAUAUUUACAGUAGGAAGCAUUAUAAUUUUGCAUCAAACUAUGUUCGAAAAAUGAUUCCGGCUUCAUUGAAUUCUCUUGAUGUUUGGCUCGGAUUGAGGAUAUUGUCUUCUAUGGGGACCGUGUUUUUAACUGAUUGGAAAACUGCGCCAUAUCUUCGAUGGUUCCCAAAGCAACCAAGUCUCGAACGAGAGAAAAAAAGAAUAUAUCUUCACGUGAAAAAGCUGAGGUCUUCCAUGAUGCAAGGAAUGGCUAGCUAUCAACCUUCGCUGAAAGUUAAUGGAAUUUUAUGUCAAAUCUCAAAACGUUCGAUACCGAAAAAGUAUCAGUGAUAGGCUUUAUAAAACCUUUCGAACUGCAGAGCAAAUGUCUCAUGAGAUGAAUGUGCUCGUAUAGUUUGAUCAGUUGUCGUAAGGGGCUUUUUUCAUUGUUUCUCGUUGCUGCUAUUUAAACAAUGCUCUAAUUUUCAUCGAUUGGUUGGGUUUAACUUUUUUACAAAGAUUGGAAAUUGCCAAAAUUGAUCAAGAUGUUUAUAUUCUCUGAUAAACUGAUGAUUACUCACUAACCGGGGUGGUAAUUUAUAUUAAAAUAGCAAGUCAGAGGUAAAGACAAAAUUCACAUACGUGGGAAACCUAGCAAAGUUUUUCAAAUAACAAUCGUCAAGGCUUUUUCGUGAAUCUAAACUGUUAUUAUUAAUUGUAGUAUCGCUGAAGAUAUGCAAUACCUAUCUUCCCCUCUCAUUUUCUUCGCGCAUUUGUUUCAUUUUUGUAUCUUUAUUGUAAUUUCCGGAUACCUUUUUAAAAAUUGAAGUGAGUUUGAAGAAGUGAGUAGGGAAAUGGGGUCUGGUAUAGUUUAGUACCACAUGCACUUCUAGUUGGCCUGACUCAACAAUUUUUGCAUAUGUUAAUCCUAACCCCCAUCUGACUACGUCGCUAAAAAAUUAGGUCAUUUGGACGUCACAGUGGCGUAAUAAGGCCCACCAAAGUAUGCGGAUGGUCGUCCAAAACUCGUCACAACGAUUGCCAUAGGAGAGAGAUCGCCGGCGUUAGCGAGUUCGUUAUCCAUCGAGUUGGAUGCCAUUCCGGACGAUCGUAAAUAUACUUUGGCAAGCCCCGUGACUUGAUGGUGACGUCGUAGUGACGUAAUUUUUGAGUGGCAUAGUCAAGUGGGGGUUAGGAAUAACAUAUGGAAAAUUCGUUAUGCUACGCCCACUGAAAGUAGUUGUGGUACUAAACUAUACUAGACCCGGGAAAUGAUAAUGUAACUAAAGUGGACAUUUGUUAGUUAGAUUAGGUAAUAAGCACCUAUAAAUGUUGCGAAAAACAGUCCUCCUUUUCAUUAUAAUUAUUUCUUACUACUUUCAGAAAACCAUGAAAAAAAAUUCCAAGUAUUCAG